CAAAACUCAAUUGCAGCCAUAGAUCUGUACUUCGAUCCUCUCAUGGAAUCCAAGCCUCUCGGUCUAAACCAGCUCACACCAUACCAAACAUACCAGAUUCAGAAGCAGCUCAACCAUAGGCGCAGCACAACCUCAACCCUCUCUCCAAACCAAAUCCUAAUGAAGAAACUCUCACCUUCUUCCUCCAACUCCCAGAAGCUCUACAGAGGCGUAAGGCAAAGGCAUUGGGGAAAAUGGGUCGCUGAGAUCCGUCUACCUAAAAGCCGGACCCGGCUCUGGCUCGGAACGUUUGGAACCGCCGAGGAAGCGGCCUUGGCUUAUGACCAAGCCGCUUUUCAAAUCCGUGGAGAUAUCGGAAAGCUUAACUUUCCAGACAUCAAACACGAAGAGAUCAAUUCUCUCCCUUCCUCUGUUGAUGCCAAGCUCCAAGCUAUUUGUCAUAGUUUGAGAAAAACAGAGGAGACUUGCUCUGUUUCGGAUAAAACAGCAGACAUAUCCUCUGUUUCGAGUAAAACAGAGGAUAUAUGCUCUGCUACGAAUAAAGCAGAGCUUUUUUUGAUAAAAACAGAGCAUAUGGAAAUGAAAUUCUCCGAUGAUUCACCAAGAAACGAUAAGAACUCGUCGUGGGAUGAGUCUAAGUUGGAAUCUUCGUCUUCAGAACAGGGCAUAACGUUCCUAGAAUUCUCGGAUUCUGAGUUAGACGAGAUUGGGAGAUUCGGGCUUGUGAAGUUUCCUUCGGUGGAGAUCGACUGGGAUGCGAUUAGCAAAUUGUCCGAAUCAUAAUGCUUACUACGAAGUAUUUUUCCUUUGUUGGUCGUUUAGUGUCUAGCUAAUCUCCAUGUGUUUUGGUUUAGCUUGGUAAGUUUUAAAGUCCUUGCCGUUUAACUAACCGUAGAAAAUCUACUUAUCCGAA